ACCAACCCCGCCAAAUGGGACUUUCUUAGCUCCGGAGAAGCGGUGCCCACCAUGUCAAUAUCCACACCCAAACCGAUCCCCGAUAAACUCGAUAGAGGCCUAUUCGAACAAGACGAACACAUCGCCAACUCACCACCCCGCGACAAAUUCAUUCCCCAGCGAUUAACACUAACGGCCGCCGAACGCGCACGGCGCAAUCUCAAUGCGAAACUCUCGAAUCCGCUAGCGGGGUUUAGCCAUGCCGAGCUACGCAGGCAGGGUCGCAACUUUGCGCUUACACAUGAAAUCGGCGAUGACGAGGAUAUCCGAGCUUUCGAACUCGGCGCCGUACUGGCUCAAGCGCCGGAGCGAUAUGAUACUGUAGCUGGAUUGAAGAGUGAGGAGAAGGAUAUUCUACGACGGGAAUUCGAGCAUCGCUGGUCCCAGCCUUGGACGAUGUACGCCGUUAUUGCGCUUUGCUCGCUCAGCGCCGCAGUACAGGGCAUGGACGAAACAGUCGUCAACGGCGCCCAAAUCUGGUACAAAUACCAAUUCGGCAUCGCCGGCACUCAAUCCCGCGAUACCUGGCUAGUCGGCCUCAUCAAUUCCGCGCCCUACCUCUGCUGCGCCUUCAUCGGCUGCUGGCUCACCGUCCCGUUCAACCACUGGUUCGGGCGCCGAGGCACAAUCUUCCUAACAUGCUGCUUCAGCGCAAUAGCCUGUCUCUGGCAAGGCUUCGUCUCAGCCCACUGGUCCAUGUUCAUCGCCCGGUUCGCGCUGGGAUUCGGCAUCGGCCCCAAAUCAGCAACAGUCCCCAUCUACGCCGCAGAAACGAGUCCCCCGGCCAUCCGCGGCGCGCUAAUCAUGCAAUGGCAGACCUGGACCGCCUUCGGGAUUAUGCUUGGGUACGCGGCGGACUUGAUUUUCUACCAGGUGGCUGAUACGCCGGGGAUUGUGGGGCUGAAUUGGAGGUUGAUGAUGGCGUCGGCGAUGUUUCCUGCGCUCGUGGUUUGUUGUUUCGUUUUCUUUUGUCCCGAGUCGCCGCGCUGGUAUAUGAGUAAGAAGCAGUAUUAUCGGGCUUAUCAGAGUAUUUGCACGCUGCGGUAUCAUAAGAUUCAGGCUGCGCGGGAUCUGUAUUAUAUGCAUACCCUGUUGGAAGCGGAGAAUGCGAUGAAGCUUGGGCAGAAUAAGAUUCUGGAACUUGUUACUGUGCCGAGGAAUCGGAGGGCUAUGAUUGCGUCAACGAUUGUCAUGUUUAUGCAGCAGUUCUGCGGCGUGAACGUCAUCGCAUACUACUCCAGCGAGAUCUUCCUAGAAGCAAACUUCGCACCGGCCGCCGCCCUCGCCGCCUCCCUCGGCUGGGGCGUAAUAAACUGGCUCUUUGCCAUCCCAGCAAUCUACACAAUCGACACCUUCGGCCGCCGCAACCUCCUCCUAACAACAUUCCCGCUAAUGUCCCUCUCAAUGUUCUUCACAGGCUUCAGCUUCUGGAUCCCGGAGUCCCACCACACAGCGCGCACAGCCUGCAUCGCGCUAGGAACCUACAUCUUUGGCGUCGUCUACUCGCCCGGCGAAGGCCCCGUGCCCUUCACCUACUCCGCAGAAGCAUACCCGCUGUACGUCCGGUCGUACGGGAUGGCGCUCGCGACGGCGACGACGUGGUUCUUCAAUUUCGUGCUCGGCGUGACGUGGCCGUCGUUGCGGAAUGCGUUUACGGCGCAGGGGGCGUUUGCGUGGUAUGCGGGGUGGUGUAUUGUGGGGUGGUGGUUGGUGUUGCUUUUUAUGCCGGAGACGAAGGGGAAGACGCUUGAGGAGUUGGAUCAGGUUUUUUCGGUGCCGACAAGGUUUCAUGUUAAGUAUGGGUUGAGGCAGAUUGGGUAUUUUGUGAAGAGGUUUUUGUUGAGGAGGGAGGUUGAGCCGGAGAUUUUGUAUGAGAAGGAGGAUGGGGGUGUGGGUGAGGGGGGAUAUAAUGCUUGA